AUGGCGCAAGAACUCGCGGGCUCUGAGCAAGAACCGCAACAGCUCGUUGAAAAUGCCUUGCAAAACAGCGCCAUCCCCGCACAGCGGAUGCUCUCCCUCUUCGAACGGGUCAUCACCACCAAUGCUCCGAUCCUCGAGUCCCUACUCCUCCAGGUCCCGACCGACACCAUCCUCGCGCUCUACCACACCUCCCAUUACCUCCGUACAUUCCUCCAGUCGUAUCCGACCGCAUGGAAAUCCCUUUCGUUUCGACUUCUCUGCCCGUCGGGCACCCUGCCGUCAACGCGGAUUAUUAUCCCGGGCAUGUCGGACCCGGAAACCCAACGCCAAUCACGACCAUAUGCUUUAGAUCAGCUACUGAUGAACGUGGUCAUCCCGUUCAGUGGAUGCCUCAGGAGCUUGGAACUGGACAACACAGCCGUCUCGGGUCAGAUUCUGAUCUCGACCGUGUUGCAUGCGCGUCGAGAAUCACUGGAGCACCUGUCAGUUCGGGGCUGCAAGAAUGUAUCUCUCAAGUACCACAUUAUCCCGUAUUUGACCAUGUUCGGGUUGCAAUACGAUGUGGAUAUGGAAAGGAAUAUCGGCAGUUCUCCGGCCACCCAACGGCUUGCGCUGAAGAGCCUCUACGUGUAUCGAUGCCGCCACCACCGUCGUCGGCCGUACCUAGCUGCGUCGCUGUUGCGGAAGGACUCUGACUCGGAGCCGACUCAUGAUUUAGUCAAUCUUUGUCACAAACUAGGGAUAUGGACCGACACUGCCUGGUGCACGACUCCAGCUGGGAGAUGUUUCCGCAGACGCGGAUAUGUCUCGAUGCGGGUUCCGCAAGGUUCUCCGGAGGUUUGGGUGGUAUUCGACCGGCUAUGGCGAUGCAAGAACUGGAUCGGCCCUGUGGACUCCAAAACUGAGCGGCCGCGUGUGCCCGAUGGGAAGCUGUGGGAGAACUGCGACACGGGAUGUCAGGGUGAAGCCCUGGGAACUGGCGAAGGGCCAGAUGUCGGCGAGGGGAAAAUGACACCGGCACAUUUACGUCAGAGUCAUACACAGUUUGUGGAGAACGUGAAAUGCGACAACUGUUUCGAUGAUAUCUCAGAACGGUGCGAGCAGUGCAGCAUCUUGAUGCAUUGUGUAGGGUGUCGGAGAACCCUGUGUGCAAGCUGUGCCUAUGAACGACCAUACCUUCACCGGGGUAAAUCAGCUCUCGACCCUGGGAUCAGCAGCAGUAACGACUCGAACAGUUCAACUUCUUUGUGGUGGGCUCCCGGGGCAACCCUCUCGCCUAGCUCGAUGCAAGACCCGGUCCCAAACCCAAUGGAUAACACUCAGGUCCAUGGAGGUGCGCCGACGUCACUUCCUGCUCUCAAGUUCCACUGGUGCUGCACGGAACCCAUCUUCUCCGGAGGAGGGGGUAUCAGCAUCGGCACUCCCAGUCGCGACGUCGAUCAAGUGCGAGCUGUUCCGUUGCCCCGUGGUCGAGGCUGGGAAGACCUCGAGUACACCGUCAGCGAGUGGAGCAAGACCUUCCCAAAAUACGCCUAUGGCGAUCCGAGUAAGCCGGACUACUCACUGGAGACCGGGCAUCUUGCCAUGAUGAAGUGGUUGCUUGGACCUCCCAACCGACAGGUAUCGCCAUGCCCGCGUAACCUAUGUCAGGAGUGCUACGACUCGCCACAGUGGAAAGUACAUUGCAAGAGCUGCUCCAAGCCUCUCUGCAUCGAACACGACCUCCGCGGGCUUCGCCUGCGCAUCUGUGGCUACAGGGACCUUGCAUUCGAGAAAAUGACCAUUCAAACCCGAUCUGCAGCACAGUUAUCACCUGAGCCGACUUUCAGCCAACGGUUUCCCCGUAGCGCACAACUUUCUAACUACAUCCUCCCAUUCCGCACAUCGCGAAUUCUUGAUUCCGCCAACAGCAGCUUUAUUGAGGACCCGCAGGGCGAUAUCAUUGCAGAUGAUACCGAAUCCUACACGCCGAAUGGUGACGGAUCAACUCAUCCGCUCUUCUCUCGCAAUGCCACUCGGUCCUUCUCCGCCCCACCGUCCAACCACUCCGGAUCAUCCUCACCAACAUCCGUAUCCUCCGAGACCCCCUUCGAAGCGCCACGGUGGCAAGGAUGCCAAUCCUUCUUCUGCCCCCAGUACCGUGCUGUCGGGGAUCAACGUCAACGGUGCCCUAGCUACCUCCGGGAAUGCAAGGCCUGUGCAGUGUAUGUCUGCCAGGACUGCGUACAAGCGCACCCACCUUGCAAGUGCUCCUACUGCGAGGAAAACUAUCUGUGCCCGAACUGCAUGAAAGUCCGUGCUCGUGACGGCACGUGCCGCCGUCGAGAAGAAGAGAAGGCGCGGAGGGAGCGGAAAUGGAAAAAGGACAUGCAGGUGCUCGAAGGCAUCUUGGAGCUCAAGGUUGCCAACGAAGUUGCCGAAUUUGCUGGCCAGUUCUUUGACCUCGUCGACCUUGACUCUGGAGGCGCCAUCGUCACCAGCUGUCUCCUGGAUGACACCGAGUCCGAGGCACCCCAGGCCGAUGAAUCGCCGAUGGCACCCUCGAGCCUGACACCCGGCGUUGGAUCGAGUACUAUGUUCUUCGAGGCCAGCUCUACGGGUGCACCUGACGAGUCGGAAUAA